AUGAGUUACGCAAAGUUGGAUUGGUUUCGUAUAGUGGCGGUUCGAAGGAUUUUCCAAGUGCCCGAUCAUUUGGCAGCGUUUCCUGGAAGCCACGUGAUUCAUCGCCCUUCAUGGUCUAUUCGAGGAGUGGACACGGCUGCGGACCACCUAUGCAUUCUGUGGUGUAAUCAGCUAACAAGGCAUUCGACGCGAAUUCUGUACAGGUAUGGAUUAGAGGAGAUCAAGACUAACCCGCGUUCUGCUCGCACUGUUGUGAAGGAGUUUUUCGAUGAAGAACAUCGAAAAUUCUUGCAAAAUUCCACUGAAAUUACUUCGGAGUUAGAACGAUAUGGAGAGGCUGUCAUGGGGUCGAGCAGUAGUUUCGUGAAAAGUUGGAGUCUUCGAUUACCCAUGGGUCUCACGCGUUUAUCGAGGUGCUUUAGAGAUGCAUCCUUGUUGUUCAUCCAUACGAAUUCUCUUGCUCGAUCUGCCAUUUUGAGAGGCGACAGUAAAGUUAUGACAAUAAAUCUACCCUAUAAUUCCAACUCAACUUCCGGUCAUAUUGUCAUGGAAGGAAAGUCCGCAUGUGAGUACGACAUAACCAUUAAACCUAAUGUGUUUCAUGCUUGGUACCUGUUACUGGUUUCAAAUGCUCGACUUCUCAUGCACUUCACAUUUUCCAUCCUUAUCGCUCUCGCUGUCAUUGAAAAGCUAGCAGGUAAUGGACAAGUUGAACAUUGCGGACGAAACGGCUUCUAUCUCAACGGGGCUAUCUUGAUUGCGGUCUUUCUAUGCUUUACUUAUAAUAGUUGGUUACUUGAGUCUGUUUUCAUCACUUCGAUAUUCUAUGCAAUAUCGUGCCUCUAUUAUGUAGCCAUAAUUGUCAAGGCUCUUAAAGAGCUAGUGUAUAGGGCAGGACCAAAAUUUGCGCACUUUUUGAGUAUGGUUAUGAAUUUGUUGAUGUUAUUGUUACUUCCUUUCAACGUAUAUCUCGCAAAUUCGGCCUUAGCACUGUUUAUGAUUUGGAAAAGGUCAUCGGGCCCUUUCGCCAUCAUACUGGGUGUUGCUGCCGGAAGCGUUUCUGCGGCUUUAGGCCUUUCUGGGCCAUCGCGUAGUAGAAGUGAGCAUCUCGUAGGUCAUAUUUUAGAAGCCGAUCUGUUGAACUUCACUGCGAUAUUCUACUUUUUAUUGAACAGUAUUGAUUUUUCGAAUAGUUU